CUGAGUAACCACCUGUUCCGUAAUCAAAAGCGAUAACAUAGUCUACGAGUAGCUAGUAAAAUAGCUCGUAAUAUGUAGCCCCUGGGCUGUUGCUGUUAUUUGUAAUCCGUUAGUUGUCGUACUUGCUAAUGUAAACCGAUUAUAAGUAGUCGCUUUCUCGUAGAUUGUAUUUGACGGUUGGGUAGUUAACUGCGUAAAUGAUUCACGGGGCGUAGUUUCGGCAUAAACUUAUAGUAGUAUUCACUUCAAAUUACUAUUAAAUUGUCAGCCUGUGGUUCGUUUGUUUAGCUGGCUACGUUGGUUUAAUGCGUUAGCGCGCGUGUAAUGGGUAGUUUGUUUACAAAUAUGUUAAAACAUAAUGCUAACUCUGCGUAAACUAGUCGCGUUUCCAGUGCAAGUUUUGGCACUUAUGUGGUUGGGAAGGUCUUCUGGUAGAUUUCGAUCGCUCAUACCCUUUAGAGAACAGCCUAUUCCUAAAACAGAACUGCUGAUCCAUAAAACCGAUGCGCAGAUGCACGUUUUUCUCUUCAAAGAUAGUAUUAGUCGAAUAAGGUUUGAUCGGCUGACGACGGCUCCCGCGGACUGUCCAUCCCCGUCCCAGACGAGAAUCUUGGCUCGUACGUAAAAAAAAAAAAAAAAAACCAUAAUGAAUAGCAUUUGUAUCUGUGGUUGAAAAGACCUCUGUUACUGGACAGGAGAGCCAGUGAUUAGCCUUCACCCAACAUAUAAAAUUGAAAUAUGAUUAACUGAAUGACACUCCCAUUUCUCUUGUGUUCAGUCAGCAGCUUCGGUUGUAGCCCAGUUUGUCUCAUUCUGAGGCAGGAAUAAAUUUUCUUUUCAGAGAAAGGACUGAAUGUACUGUUUAAGAAUGCUAUUAUUUUUUAAUUCUUUUGUCUUAUUGGAGAAACAAGGAAGGAAGAUUUGCUCAACUUCCCAACUAAUUUGUUUUCCCUUGUUACUUAUGAGAGGGAACAUGCACACAUACAUUGUUUGAAGCUUACAUGCCUGUUGACACAAAGGGAUAUUUAAUUUUUAUUUUUGUACAGAAUGAGAAUAACAGAGAAAAAUUUUAAUGUAGAUUAUCUCUACUACGUAUAUUCUUUGACUUUUAAACUUGGUAAAAUUAUGUCAAUUAAAAGUUUGGAAAGCAGAGACACUUUAUGAUCAGUUUUCUGGUGUGAUGUAAUUGUUGCCACUAAAGUUUUUGCAUUUUUUAAGAAGCUGAGUCAUUUACAGACGCUCCUCUACUUACGAACUUUCAGUUUACAGACUUUCAGACAUACGAACGAAGAGGACUGUAAGUCCAAACUGUGUUUGUUUGGGCUCCCGUUUCCUGUCCGCAACAUCAAUUUUUUGUCUGCGCGCUAAUUCUGCUUAGUACGACUUCUGACUGCUACUCACACCAUACAACGUAGUAUGUGUGCUCCCAGCCUUAGUUCUUUGUAUUUAUGUAUACCCUUAAAAUGAUGCUGAAUAACUACAUUUUAAGUUACUAACGGCCGUUUGGAAGUAACUCCGUAAGUAGAGGAGCGUCUGUACUUUGAACUUGCCUGAUUCAUACAAUACAUUGUAACGCUUUAAUGCGAUUGGAAGGGGUAAUAAGUGAUUUGUUGAUUACAAUGAGUUUUACCGCAGUAACGAUAGAAUUCCUUUUAUUUUGUUGGUAUUGGAAUUUCUGUGUGUUGACAGAAGGCUUGUGGACGUGGUGGGUGAAUCCACAGCUUUUAAAUUAAUCCAUUUCAGUGAUCUUAGAAACCUUAGAAUUGUCUUAAUAUUUGUGGUGAUUAGUUGAUAUUGGUCACCUUUAUGUACAGAGGAAGGUCAAGUCUGUAAAGAGAAUCUUCUCCAGUGAUGAGUCUGCCAUGCUAAUACCGAUACACCAGAUGGACCGUGUGUCUGUCUGGGUGUAAGUGAGUUGAACUUGCCUUCUCACACUGGUGCAGUGUGCUCUGAGGAGAACCUAAGAUACAGUACACCAUACCUGCUUUUGCUUUGUAUUCCACAUGGCCCUGGCAGUGUGCAUCGCACGGUUCAUGGCUCUCAUGCUGGAGAAUUUGCAGAGAACCUCUACCCCUCACAUUGGGCUGCAGCCCAAUUCUCAGAUCGGGGAAGAGAUGAGCCAGAACAGCUUCAUAAAGCAGUACCUGGCCAAACAACAGGAGCUUCUCAGGCAACGACUGGAGCGGGAGGCCAGGGAGGCGGCCGAAGCCAACGGUGAGAAGCCAAAGACGGACAGUCAAGCAGCUCCAAAGGAGGAUCAAGAGGAGAGCAACCUCACUUCCUGUUCGGUGGAGCCCUCCUUGCCGUCGGGUGCCCUGUUCAGCCAGGAGGAGGACGGAGGGGGAGGUGAACUGGAGCCAACCCCUGUCCAAGGCAGAGAGGAGGUGGAAGGUGCCAUGCCCCCGGCUGUGCUCCCGCGUCCCAGUACCCGUCGCUCGCUGAUCCAGCCGGCUCAGGCUAAACAGACGGAAGCCCCUUCUGCCUUCGGCUCCCAGGAAGCCCUUGAGGCUGGGGGCAGGGCCCGGCGCUCCUCCAGUGCCCGGCUGAGCCGCGACGGGCCAUCUCGCGCCGUUGCCUCGCUGUCUGUGCGCGUCGUCGGGGAGCCUGAGCGGGAGGGCCUGGCCAGCGCCGCCUCCGCGUCCACGCCACAGCUCGGACGCUCCACUCUUAACCAGGAUGAUAGUGAGGAUGAUGAGAAGAGUGAUGCCGAUGAGGAGUGGGGCGUCGGGGCUGCAAGGCGUGGUCCCAAGCAGAGCCCGGCCCCCAGCAGCCUGCCUCCCCAGCGGGAAAGGUCCCGGCGCAAGCAGCAGCCACCACAGCACAUCCCCCCACCACAACCGCCCCACCAACCCCCGCUGCAGCUCCGCCAGCCCACCCCACCUCCCUCCCCACCUCCGGAGCUCUCUUUCCCUCUGCCAGACACCCCCAAGCAGAGCCCCCCCAAUGAGCCUGAAGGUGGGGGGGCGGCAGAGGCGAUGGCAGCCCCACCCUCUGCCCUGCAGCACCAGGACAGCAGCUCCGGCUCCAGCAGCUCUCCCCCCAGCAGUCCCGAGUCCCCCCACCAGUGCCGACCCGGCCCACUCACCCUGCUGGCCCGCAAAAUGGAGUCCGAGGGAGCUUUUGCUGGGACGCGAGGUCAAAGCCACUCAGAAGCUGAAGGGCAGGGCUCUGUACCCACCUCUGCGGCUGCUGCCUCACCAACUACCGUGUGUGCCGACAGCCACAGCACCAAUGCAGGUCUACCUCUGCUGCCCCCUACAGGAGACCCUGUGCUUCAAAGUGGGAAUGGCGCGACCGCUUUGGAGCCUAGUUCUGUUGGCUCACCUGCCCAGGUUGUAGCGAUUGGAGAAUCGCUGUUCCCACCUGCUGAAGCAGCCGACAUUAAGACCACUGGUGAUAGACAAAGUGAUGGAGGAGAGCCAUCCAGACCCACGGAGGACUUUGGGAAGGAUGUAGUGGCAGUGAAACGGGGAAAGCCUGAGGGGGAGGGAAAGGGAGAACCUAAGCAAGAGCACUUAGGAGAGCCCUCUGCACCUGGGAAACCCGCUGAGCCUCUGGAGAGUCAGCCGACCUCGGCCCUGCCCACACAGCCCCCCUCCAAGAAGCUCCGUUUUCUGCGAAGCGUGCCAGUGUCGUGUAUGCCUGCUUCUGCGGCGCCCUCUGCCAGGCAGCCUCGCCCAUCUUCGGAUGAGCCUCCGGAGCAGCAGCCGGCCCAGCAACUGCCCUCCCCUCCUGCCGCUGACCAAGAUAAAGAUGGCACCCAUGACGGAUCCAUAAGUCCUUCUGGUGAGGCAGGGGCUAUCUUAAAACCCCAGUCAGCAGAAGCACCAGCUGUCUGUUCACAGAGCGAGACCACUGACAGGGAGAAGGGGCCAGGAAGUAGUGCUGGGCAAGCAGAUACCAGGACAGCCAAGGUGGUAGAGGAGGGCAAAAUGUGGAAGGGGGCUGCUGUCGAAGCACCCAUGGGCCCUGUGCUGCCCCCCUCACCCCCACCAGAGGAGGGCGAUGCAGAGCCAGAAAGAGACAGGCACUCCUCCCCCUCUAGUGACUCCUCAUCCUCUGACUCGGAUUCCGAAUCUUCUUCCUCACAUUCCUCGGGGUCCUCUGCUUCAUCAAGAGACCAAUCCAGCUCCAGAUCCGGUGACAAGAAGCAUGACGGAGCCAAGCAAGACUCUAAGGCAGACUCCCAAGCUGAAGGCUCCACAGCCACUCCCAGAAAUCCUUGCCGCAAGAGAAGAGGGGAGCAGUUGGAAGAGCGUGAUGCUGGAGGUGUGCAACAACGCAAGAAGACAUGCCUUGGAGAUGAAAAGAGGAGUAAAGUGGAGCGUAAAGGACCAGAUGGAAAGAGCUGUAUUCCAACCAGGGAGUUGAAGCAGGCUGCCAUGUCAGAGCCAGCUGACACUGCAGUGCAGGUGGAGGCACCCUUGGAGUCUGAGGGUGCAGGGGUGCAGCCUCGCUCAGAUGGCCAUGGGGCCGCAGAGAGCCGCUCAGAGGAGAGUACCACACCAAAAGCAUUUACUGCCCGCAAGAUUUCAUUGAACACAGCUAGUAAGCCCUCCGUGGCCAGUGUCGGGGGGACCACCCCCACACUGCCCUCUCCGGGGGGUCCUCUAGAGCCAGAGUCUGGUGGUCCAGCAGCCAGAAAGAGGAGAUGGGGAUCUAGUACUGCAGUGACAGCCAAGAAGCCAUCGAUCAGCAUCACCACUGACUCCCUAAAGUCACUGAUCCCAGACAUCAAGCCAGCCACGGGUGCAGGAAGCCAGGAGGCAAUAGUGGAACUGCACCCCGAUGAAGGCCACUUGUCAGGAGAUGAGGAGGGUGUGGAGCGGGGUGACCAGGGAGACCAAGGUCUGGAUAAAGGUCUUAAGAUACGCCGCACUGUAACACAGGUGGUACCAGCUGAGAACCAGGAGAAUGGUCAGAAGGAUCAGGAGGAGGAAGAGGAAGAUGAGCGGUCAGAAAGUGCUAGGACAGUCGUUGAAGAGGGCAAAGAUGGCUCCUCAGAGGUUUCCAUGGAAACACAAGCACCUAGUGUUCGGGAGGCUGACUUAAAGAAAGUGAUUCCCAGCGACUCGUUGGUGCGUCGCUCGAUUAGCCAGCAAAAGUCUGGGGUGUCCAUCACCAUCGACGAUCCAGUCCGAACCACCAAGCAGCCCUCGCCGCCCCGUGGCAAAAUCACAAACAUUGUCCAUAUCUGUAACUUGGUACGACCUUUCACCCUGGGACAGCUGAAAGAGCUGCUAAACCGAACUGGCAGUGUGGUGGAGGAGGGCUUCUGGAUAGACAAGAUCAAGUCCCACUGCUAUGUGACAUACCCCAGCACAGAGGCGGCGGCCGCCACUCGCACGGCCCUGCAUGGAGUUAAGUGGCCCCAGAGCAACCCCAAGUUCCUGAGUGUGGACUUCGCUGAGCAGGACGAGCUGGACUUUCACAGGGGCCUCUUGACAGUGGAGCGCAGUGCUGAGGAGGAUCGCGGGGUUCCUCCUGUUGCCCCCCCGGUGCCCGUGGCCCGGCCCGGGACGCUGCCCCCCCUGGUGCCUGAGCGGCAGCGUGACCGGGGUGCCGCCGUGGUGCGUGAUCAGUGGGCAGAGCGCGAGCGCGAGAUGGAGAGGCGGGAGAGAACGCGAGCCGAGCGCGAGUGGGACCGCGACAAGGUUCGGGAGUUCAGCAAGCCGAGAGAGGAGCGGGAAGGAGGGCCGAGGCGCUCCCGCUCACGGGACAGGGAGAGGAGGCGCAAAGAGAGAGCCAAGAGCAAGGAGAGGAAGACUGAUAAGAAGGAAAAAGCCCCUGAGGAGCCUCCAGCCAAGCUGCUAGAUGAUCUCUUCUGCAAAACCAAAACAGCUCCCUGUAUAUACUGGCUCCCGCUCACUGAGGAACAGGCAGCACAGAGAGAAGCAGAACGUGCGGAACGCAUGAAGGAGAGAGAGAAGCAAAGGAAGAAGCUGCUGGAGGAGGAAGACAAGAAGCGGGAGGAGGAGCGCAAGGAGCGGGUGAAGGCCAGGGAGAAAGAGGGAGGGGCGGCACCUGGCAGUGGGGCGGGGGCAGCGGGUGAGAGGGAGAGGGACCGGGGUCGCGACAGGGAGGGGGACAAACGGCGAGACAGCCACCGCAGCAGAGGGCCAGAGGCCAAAGUGGGAGGCAGUGGUGCGGGGAUCCUGGCAGGGGGUCGGCGCUCACGCAGCCGCAGUAACCCCCCCACCAGGGAUCGGCGUCGGUGAGCAAGGCGAUAUGCCAAGUCAGCCGACAUGAAGGGUGACCACAGGACAGACUGUGAUCAUGAGCAUUUUUUUUUUGUGACACCGUCUUCUCUCACUCCCUCCUGCCUCCAUUUUGAGGAGGGAAGGGCAUCAUUGUGUUUCUCAGACCUGUUGCAGGGAUGCACUUGACAGUAUGUUCAAAACGUGAGCAUUGUAAAACAGAUGCUUUUUGGGAAAUGGACCUGUAAUGAGUGCCCCCCCCCCAUGUCACUGAGGGUGGAGUCCUAGAAAAUUUGUUUUAAUAUUUUUUAAUUAUUUUAGUAUGAAUAGUUUAUUUGAGUUUGAUAUUUUUCCUCUAAGUGUUGAAUGUACAAAGAAUUAAAGAUUUGAGUGUG